GCAAAAUAUAGGCAGUCUGUGCUGGAGCGCGCGGGGCGACACACGCAACGAACGCUCGCCGCGACACAAGGACGUCUGCGAACAGUGCCGUGCUAUAAUGUCCGCGGACCGUGCCUUUGUUACACCCUGACACCCAGGUGCACCCAACACGAUAUUAAACACAAAAACAAAAGCAUGUGGCAGUCGGCCGGGCUGGGCGCGCGGCUUUGCGCGGGAGUGGCGCUGGCGCUGUCGCUGACCCUCAGCGCACGCGCAGGCCGUCGCGACUACAAGGACGUGGACCGCCCCACCGACAUAUCGCUCUGGAUCGACGAGCGGCAAGUGCGCAUGUUCAGUGGUAUUUCAAUGCAGGUCUACGCUAUACUGAAUGGCCACAUAUCUCCAUACAUCUUGGACCCGAACUUCUCUCACAAACUGCCCAUCAUACCCUCAGAAGUCGGCUAUGUCAACUUCACGUGGAAGUCCAAAAAGCGCUACUAUUACAACUUUGACACUCUGACGUCAUCUGAUCCUAAGAUACUGCAGCCUCCAGUGUUGUCUAUCAAAAGACAAGGAAGGGUGCCUAAAACUUCUAAAGAGUUCAGUAUAUUCUUGCCUUGUGUCGGCAACAACAGUGGAGUAGCAACCCUAGAGAUAGGGCUAGUGCUAAAAAACGGACGCGGGAUCCCGCUCAAAGGCACCCCUCUAAGGUUAAACCUAAAGAAGGAAUGCGCACAGAGAGGUGUGUAUUUAGAAAGGACAGGGCCAGAUCCGGAAUGUGAUAAAAAGUGUGCGAAUCAAGGCUGGUGUAACCAUGAGAAGAUAUGUCAAUGCCCCGAGGGCUACAUGGGGCAACACUGUAGAACUGCGCUGUGUUACCCUGCUUGUAUGAACGGGGGCAACUGCACAGCGCCUGGAGUGUGCUCCUGCCCCCCUGGAUACCAGGGGAGGAAUUGUGAGGGAGGAAUAUGUUCCCAGAAAUGUCUAAAUGGUGGGAAGUGUAUACAGAAGGAUACCUGUGAGUGCCCUAAAGGAUAUUACGGGCUGAGGUGCGAAUUUUCAAAGUGCGUGAUUCCGUGCCUGAACGGGGGCCGGUGUAAGGGUGUUAACAAGUGCCGCUGCCCCGCCGGCUUGGGCGGCAACCACUGUGAAGUGGGGAGACGAGGGGCUGACUGUCCGCGGGCGUGCCGACACGGGACCUGUGUCGGUGGUGUGUGUGUUUGCGAGCCCGGGUGGCGGGGUCGCGCCUGUCAUCGACUUUAUGGAUCCUCUGAGGAGUCCAGUGAGCUGAAGCGCCCGCGGCCGCGAUGAGAGGGACAUUGUUUGACAAACAACUGACAAUGUGAUUUCAUAAUUUUAUAAUUAAAUUCUUAUACAUAUUAAAUGUAAUAUUAAAAUUAGUCAUAGAUGUUAAGUCCUAGCUAUGUCAUCUAGUUUUUAAGGUGGUAAUUUUAUGCAAUAUAAAAAUAAUAAAAGAUUAUAAAAUAAUUGUAUGUAAA